CGCGCUUGAUGGAUGUUGAAUCAGUUUGGAAAGAGAGAGAGACCUGCUCGUGCCUUCGGUUACUGUUGUGCUUUCUGAUGUCAUAAUGAAAUGGAAAGGAUGAACAAAAUGAGGCAGAGAGAGAGAGAGAGACCUCGAGAGCGUCGCGUCCAGGUGCCGCCAGUUCUCAUUCUCUGAAAACAAGCGAAGUUUAUUGCGCGUCAACCGCGUGAGGAGCGCGACAUUUGCGCAGGUGUGCUGUCAGGCUGUUAAUGCACGCAAAUAUGGACUCAGACGCCGUUGAAGUAUUCAAGUGCCAAUCCACGUUCGCGGAUGAGUGCGAACUUAACGCGUCUCUGACGGGUGACAGUGACGCGCGUAACGCGACCCUUGGCGGUGGAUUGACGCAUGAUGGCAUGUCGCCCUUGAUACCGGUGAUCACAGUGGUUUAUUCCAUGGUGUUUGUCGUGGGACUGAUAGGAAACUGUCUGGUUAUGUAUGUCAUAAUCAGGUACACUAAGAUGAAGACUGCCACCAAUAUCUACAUCUUUAACCUGGCAUUAGCCGAUGCGUUGGUCACCACCACCAUGCCGUUUCAGAGCACCGACCACCUGCUUAACUCGUGGCCCUUUGGUGAAGUUGUGUGUAAAGUCUUCAUCUCUAUUGACUACUACAACAUGUUCACUAGUAUUUUUACUCUCACUAUGAUGAGUGUGGAUCGGUACGUGGCCGUUUGUCAUCCUGUUAAAGCAUUGGAUUUCCGCACCCCACUCAAUGCCAAAGGCAUCAAUGUGGGAAUAUGGAUUCUGUCAUCAGCCGCUGGGAUUCCAGCAAUGGUGCUGGGAGGAACACAGACGAAUAAUGGCACCACCGAAUGUGCUCUGCAGUUUCCUGAUCCAUAUGAAUACUGGGACACGGUGAUGAAAAUCUGCGUCUUUGCCUUUGCCUUCGUCGCGCCCGUCCUCAUCAUCUGCGUCUGCUACUCACUGAUGCUCCUGCGUCUGCGCAGUGUCCGCCUUCUCUCUGGCUCUCGAGAGAAAGAUCGCAACCUUCGUCGUAUUACUCGUCUCGUCCUGGUGGUCGUGGCGGCUUUCAUCAUUUGCUGGACGCCCAUUCAUAUAUUUAUCCUACUUAAAGCCCUGGUGGUGAUUCCUGAGACGACACCUGUCAUGGCCGCCUACUUUCUGUGUGUGGCCCUGGGUUACACCAACAGCAGCCUCAAUCCUGUCCUUUAUGCUUUCUUGGAUGAGAACUUCAAGAGAUGUUUUAAGGACUUCUGUCUGCCUGUAAGGGGGCGAGCUGGAGGUUUAGGGGUUACGGGAGGAAGGGUCAAGGCGUCCAGGGAAGCCCCCGAGCUCGUAGAGAGACCACCAAGGAUGGCAAAGCCGGCAUGACUAGCCGUGGAACUGUCCACCAUAACACAGACCGUGAAGGAGGAUUCAAACACACUGGGAUUGACGCAAGUUUCUUCUGCGCUCUGAUGAAAUCGUGGAACAUCUGAACAAACAGUAUUAAGAUUGAGGCAAACGUUGCACAGCAAUAAGACUGGAAAAGUGUGAAUAAGCAGCUAUAGCUUUGUCUGAUGGCGAGCAUUAAGACUUCAUUAGUUUGCAUAUUUUUAAUCAAAGGAAGAAAAGGAGUGCAGAUUUAAAAACUGAAUUAAAGCCCGAAGCUGUCAGGGCUGUAGCUCAUGUGGUUGCACAUAAGAGUCAUUAGGAGUCAUGGGGGCAUCGGAUCAAUUGUGUGAUAAUGGCCCAGUUUUGCUUAAUUAAAAGUCCAUUAAUAAAUAAGAAAUCUAUAAACCACGCCUGCAUGUUACUCAACAGAAAAUCUCCUGAUGUGUAAAGCCAUCACACAGACAUAUGUUAAAAUAAAUUGAUUUAAUGUAUCGACAUGUAAAAUCUCUCAGAUACUGUAGGGUGUGAUGAGCUAUAAACAGACUUAAUCUGACUUACACUCAAUAUGUCUAAAUAUCUGACGAUAACAGUAAUAUCAUAAAACCUUGGAGGUCAUACAGUAUUUUACUCGGUCAUUAAAAGAAGGAAAAAUGAGCGAUGCUUUGCAUAAUAAUAAGGAUUAUUAUGCUUUCUUUUUGUUUCUGAUUUCUGUAAAAUGGAGUGACCUGCAGGAUUAACAUGAUGUUCUUGAAGAAAAACAUAAGGAAUGAGGCUGGAUUCAUUUUAGGUUGGAUUUUUAAUGUAAAGUUGUAAAUAGCAUAAGUCUCAGGGAUUUGUGCAUGGUUCGGGGUUUAUUUUAAUUCAUUUUAUAAUCAGACUGUCUAUUCAUGGCUCAUGACACAUGGGCGCAGUAAAUCUCUUUGGAUAUUUGCAUAAACGUAAAUGCUAUAUGUGCAGUAAGACAAAUCAUUCAAUCGUUCCAAAUGUCUGCAGUCCCAUUGCAUUGUGUUACCAACACAAAGACUGUGGAAAUACAUAUUGAAAAAAUGUAAAAACUGAAUGCACUGUAAGGCGCUUUGGAUUAAAGGUGUAAUAUGUUUUUUUUAUUUUUGCGGCUUCUAGUGGUGAGAUUACAAAAUGCAACCAACCUCAAUUUCAAAAAGCAAUGAGAAGCUACGGUAGCCACCACAGGACAAACACGUCAUUGUAUGAGACAACGUAGGGACAAGACAAACUCUGUAGUGUAGAGCAAUUUGUACAUUGAGGGCUACUGUAGAAACAUGAUGGUGACUUCCAUGUAAGGAGACCCGUGAUGUAUGUACAUAAACACGGCUCAUUCUAAGGUAAUAAAAACAAUAGAGUUCAUUAUGUAAGAUCUUUAUACAGCAUUGAUAUGUUAGUUAUGUAUAUUAUAAUGCAUUUGUUUCAAAAGAUCCUACACAUUGCACCUUUAAUGCAUCUGUCAAUGCAUAAAUGUAAAUGUUUCUCUAUCGCAUAGGUUAUACAAAUCAGCACAAAUUUUCCUUGACACUAAUGUAUUUCUAGUACUGUAGAUUUACAUUGCCAUUCUGUGCCAGUAAAAACAACUGCUUACUUGUAAUCAUUGUGUUAUCUCACAAACUUUUGUUUAUUCUUUAUCUGAAUGUUAUAAAAUCUCAGUGUUUUAAUGUGAUGAGGGUCUCUAGCUCUAUCUGCAAUAAGCAUUACAUAUGUUUCCUGAAAAUUGUUAAUGAUUAAAUAUAAUUACAGGUACAUUUAGUUUCAUUAUUUUCAGCUUUUUUUCAAAUGGUUAUAUGUUUUAUUAAUUUAAUAAUUUGCUAAUAUUUUCUGUAAAAAGCAUCUUUUUUAGCUGAAAUUAUGAAAUGCUCAGAAUUUUCUGUUGUCUGAUUUUUUUUUACUGUCAAACUUUGUUACCAAAGUAGAGUAACGUUGUUGACCGUCAUGUAUGUGUGUGUGAGAGAGGAAGUGUGUGUUUCUCUCUGCUAGUUUUGUUACAUAAUGUCAACACUGUUACUCUACUUUGGUGAUCCACCAAACAUGACUGUAAGUACCAAACUAUUAAAAUAAUUAGUGAAAUAAUUGCAUCUUUUCUCUGAAGAGGUAUCUUUUACAGGUGUCUUCUUUAACCUGGACAUACAGUAAACUGCUUAUAUACAAAUGUAUCUUUUAAGGGGCAUCAUUUCAAGCUUGUAUCUUAAGGCAUCGUAGUGGCCUUUCUGCAUGUUUAAGCUUUACAGAACUGUAAAAACAUGUAAAGCUUACAGUGUUUGUGCUGAUUUUUAAAACUUUGCAGAUAUUCAAAAUCUGUUAUUGACUAGGUCCUAAAACCUAUUGUGAACACUCUAUCUAUGUCUUCUGCUGAUUUUUUUUAAAGCCUUAAUGUGAUCAUUUGUGUGAAAUAUGAGAUUAAUUGCAUUACUAACUUUGUGUGUUUAGCUUUAAAAGCUGAUAUAGGGCAAUGACAUUUGAUGCUGCAAUAAACUGCAACCAAGUGAAAAGUAUGUCUCUGCACUGUAAUAUGAAAUGUACCCCAGUUUUGA